CCGCAAAACAAGGCCGCGACACGGUUCGCGGUCUGCUCGCGCCUCAAUCGCGAGCGCCACAGGCGAGUGUACAGUAAUAUGGCGACACCAUCAGCUGCUCUGUUGGAACGUCUCGACAAACAGGGCAUUCCCAAGUCGAAAAGAAAACUUCAGAAACAUCUCCGCAGCGCGGGGUUGGCCUACAUAUCCAGGACGGGGAAACUGAUACCAGCAAAGAAGGUGGCGGAUGAGCUCUGCCAGUGCCCCCACAAGUGCGACGCCAGCGUGUCGCAGGAGGCGCGGCAGCACCUCUUCAGCCACUUCUACGGGCUGGGCGAGGCCGACCUGCAGAACCAGUUCCUGCGGCAGCACAUGGACCUGCGGGCCCGCCUAAACGUACCGGAGACGACGGGUUCGGGGCGGCCGCCUCGACGCAUCACCUGCAAGUACCUGGUGCCGCUCCUGCCCUCCGACGAGACGGUGGAGGUCUGCCAAAAAGCCUUCGUCAGCGCAUUUGUGAUAACUACCAAAAGGGUCAGGCUGCAGCGCGAGAAGCUGAUAUCCAGCCUCGGCUUGAACAGCUAUAGUAGUCAUAAUAGAAGUAAGAACACCAACAACAACAACACCAGCUCCCCGGUGGGGGAGAACAACAACAACGUCAAGAAGCCUUCACCGUUGCCUUUGAAACUUAACAUUGAGUUACCGACCACUUGCGAGAUGAUGAAUCUCGACUCGCCAGAGGAACCAAAGAGCCCAGACGUGCCCUCGUCCGACAAGCGGUCGUCGAUAAAGCGCCUCAUCGACAACCCCCUCAUUCCAGUGGGCCUCCUGGUGCCGGACGGAGUUACCAUCGCGCCCGUCAUCGCCACCCCUGACCACGACAGGGAUCUCGCGAUAGUCAAUAACUUCUUUUCCAACCAGCUGUGGAAGCCGGAGUAUAUAGGGACCUACUCAUGAGGGUAGACGGACCGCGCGGAUACGUAGAAAAACAAAAAAAAAAAAAAUACAAAAAAGAAUCACGUCCUGCCCAUCGUACUUAGUUUAAUUAUUAUUGAUCAACAUUUUUAUCUUAUUGAAGAGAAUACCUAUAUGUAUUGUUAUUUAUAUUUAUACAAGAUAGUCUAUGAAUGGAAAGUAUAUUUACUUGUUUUCAGAUAAAAAUAUUUUAUAUUUAUAGUUAUAGUUUGCGGAUUAAUUGUUUUUGUUAAUACUUAAAUAUUUUAUUGUAAAGAACUCGCAUACUUGUACAAUCAUAACGAUAUGGAUGCAACGCUGUGCCUCAAAGGGGCCUUUCGGCCCCGCGUAAGUCUCUAAUAUGUUAACCAAAAUAUAUUUCUGAGGAUUCCUACACCUCUCUAAACUUAUUAACUAUUUAAUGGAUCAAUUUCAAAUGCCUUGUUGUUUACAUUUUUACACAGAUGUUUAUUAUGGAUAGAAUAUUUACUUGUUUUCAAUAAAAACUGUUUUUUAAUA